AUGUCCGAGGAACAGCAAUCAUGUGGCCAACAUCGCAAACAGUUGAUGCUCUUCAACUCGGUCCCAGGAAAAGGCCAUGAGAGUGCAACUGAUCCGCUGGUACACUAUGGACGUCAUUUUGGGCGAAUGGUCCAUGCUCUUUGCAAUUUCCAAGCCCUUCUCACCAAUGGAAUCUUACAGAUGGGAGGAUUGGCGGAGAUUCCAGAUGAAAACUUCACCGCAGAGGAACGGUGCAAGCACCAUAUUUUUCAAGAGCUCCUCAAGUCUGUAGCAGGCUUGGAAGAGCGGCUGAUGCAAGGUGGAGAUGAUGAGGUUGACCUCAUCACAGAGCUGCUCACCAAAGGCACAUCUGGAGCAAGGGGUGAUGACACCAAAAGUCUGAAAGGCAGUGUGCUUGACUGGAUCACUCCAAAGGGACAGAGCCUUGUUCCCCCUCUUACUCGCAAUGUGAAAAUUGACUGGGGUUUUCAUCAUGAAUGGACAGGCGCAUUGCUCUGUCCUGCUGGCCUUGACUGGUCCAACUUAGAUGGUGAGAUGCUUGUGACCGGAGACCAAUGGCCGUUGUUCUUAUAUGCUGACUACCAUUAUGACUUGGAGGAUCCGUGGAAUGGCUUGUUUCAAAGCACCUUGCUAGCAUAUAAAUAUGUUUUCACGUCCCCCAGUUCUGUAGAUAGGGAACCAAAGGCAACUUUUUCAGGCAAUGCCCGAAUUCACAGAAUGACCAGAGUUACUUUGCCCUCCAUCGCAUACAUUUCAAUGCAGGUAUACAUGGUCACCGACUCUGAACGCUUUUACAAUUCCAUCUUAGAUAUUUUCGAAGACCCAGAUGAGAAACAAGAGGUGGAUGAACUUGUUGUUUGGUGGAACAGGCAAAUUUUUCCUUUGUAUUCAACUGCCCAACGUCCCCUUGUUAAGAAUAGCACGCUGGCAAGAAUUCGAGAAAGACGAGCAAGAAUGAAAAAGUCGGUCCCUGGUGUGGCAGCUUGA